AUGGAAGAAGAAGAUGAUGAUGCAAAACUCAUAGCUGAAAUAGAAGCUGAAUUGGAGAAAAUUAGCAUUUCUUCCUUGGGGGAAAGUGACGUUGAGAGUGAUUCAAAGUCAGAACCCCAGAGUGAUGAAAGUGAUACAGGGUUAGAUGAAUUACCAGAGUCAGUUCUUCAUUAUAUUAACGUCAUAAAGAACAAGAGUAAAACUGCUGAAGAUAUCUUUCUUCAGGACCUGGAAGAUCCUGAUGCUUUAAGCUGUAGUUUUGGAGAAGUUUCUAAUAAUCAUAUGCAUUUAAAAAUAGGAUUACCAACUGAAUGUAAAGAAGGUCCAGGGCAAUUACUGAAGAUGUUAUCUGAAAUAGAAAAGGAAGAAUUUAUGAGAAGUACAACCAGCUCUUCCAGUCCUGCUCCUGCUCCUGAGCUUGAGCCCUACAACUUGCCUCUGGAUGAACGUGUUUUAUCGGAUAAUGCUGAUAUAAAUUUUGGAUACUGUGAAGUGGAAGAAAGAUGUCGACAAUCUUUUGAGGCUUGGCAAGACAAACAAAAAGAACUAGAGGACAAAGAGAAGGAAACUCUCAGAGCUCAGAGGGAUAAAGAAGAAAAGCAAUUUCAAGAAGAGGAAGAAAAGCGACAUUUCUGGAUGAAACAAUUUGAAGUAGAAAAGAAGAUAUUAGAGAAUAUUCACAGGCAAGAACAGGAUAAGAUGAAUGAUGAACUCCAUAAAGAAGAGACAAUUUGGGAAGAAAAAUAUAAACAACAUGAGGAGCUUAUUAGAAGCUUACAUUUACAAAUGGAAGAGGAAAGAAUGAGAUUUAAAGACCUACAGGAAAAAGAAACAAUGCGGUUGUUACAACUGCAGCAGAAUGCAGCUGUCAAAAUUCAAGCUAAGUAUAAAGCAUUUGUGGCCUACAGAAAAUAUAGCCCAAUCAUAAAAGAACAAGUUGAUAGGGAAAGGAAAGUGAAAGAGUGGAAAGAGAAGGAAGCAAAAAUACGACAGAAGGAGGAAGAAAAACGAAAAAGAUUAGAGGAGGCACAAAGGAUAGAAGAAGAGAGAAAAAAGCAGAAGCAAGAGGAAAGAAAGAGGAGAGAGAAGGAAUAUGAACAAAAAAAGAACAUCAUAAGACAAGAAAGAGAACAACUAAGAAACAAGGAAAAAUUAAGAUUAAGAGAAGAUGAAAACCUACAGUUAGUACAAAUGGGCGCUUUCCAGAAGGAAUCAUGCAAUACCAAACAUCUAACUCUUGAAGAUAUUUCCAGGAAUAAGGAUAAUGUAGCCAAAAGGCUAGUGAAUGAAAAUUCAAAGAAGCAGGAAAAUAUUCCCCUCUGGCUGCUUGAGGACUCAAACAAGAGAGAAAAUAUAAGUGGACAGCUUGUGUUUAAAGAAUCAAUAGAAGUACAAUUAAAAGACUCCAUAUCAAACCAAGAAAUUCUGGCAGAUUUUACAAGAGAAGGAAAAAGUGAAAAGCUAGCAAAAAAACAGUUUUCAGAACAAUUGGUCAAACAAGAAAUAAAAUAUGAAAAUAUAAAACAAGAAAGUGAAUUGGGACAACCUGAUCUAAAGCACAAGGUGAAAGAACAGUUUCAGCUGCAAGGAUUAAAGUCUCAAAUACACACAGAGGAAAGCCUGGAACAUGCCUUAGAUGAAAACCUGGGACCAGAAAUCCAAAGCCUAUUCAGACCUAACCAAGAAAUCAAUGAGGUGAAAAACAGUGAACCACAGAAAAUAAUCAAAGAUAAUCAGCUGGAAAAGGCACAAACAGUAGAAAAAGAGCUACAGGAACAGAAUGGAUCAUUAUACAAAGAGAAUACUUCAAUUAUGUCAAUGAAACAAAAACCACUCCCACUAAAAUCAGAAAAUGUUAAAGAUAUAGUAGAGAAUGUGACACCACAAGAAAAAGAAAUUGAUUUAAAAUCCAAAGAAAGUGGGCAGAACCCAAAAGACAACACUCUGAACUGUGACAUUGUGAUGUUUAACACCAUUAAUGCCGUGAUAAAGAGAGAGAGCAAAGGGAACAAGCAAGACUGUAUUUUAAGGGAACAAGCUUCUUGUGAAGACUUUGGGGGCUGUGUGGCAAAAAACUCCAUGGUUUCUAAAGAAGUAAACUCCCUUAAAGCUGAGGUUAAGGAGAUUUCAGAAGAAUGCCAUGAAAAUGGAGCUGACCAUGAGAAUAGCAUGACCUGCCCUAUAACAGCGACUCCACUUCUAUCCACUAUCAAAGAAAAAAGGCUUGCUUGGAUAAAAUCAUUUAAACCUUGGUGUGAAAUUUUCAAGCAACACCAACAAAAGACAGUCAUCCCUGGAAGAAAGAGACCUGUGAAAUGCCCAGCUGACAGGAUGCCCCCUUUGAAUACACUGGAAAUUCUUCAGUGUGGCCCUUGGAAUACUUUACAACAGGUUACAACAGUUACGUUGCAAGAUUUGCCCGGGUGUAGUCUUUGUACAUUGGCAGAGUGUACGAGUCUUCAGUUUCUCUCUCUACAACGCUGUGGAUUAAAGUCUUUACACAGCCUGAGUAACUGCAAAAAACUUAAGUACAUUGAUGCACAGGAAAACCAUAUUGAGACCAUCAACUGUGAAAAUUUGGAAAAUCUCCGUGUUGUUCUUCUUAAUAAAAAUCAACUGACUUCUCUUCAUGGUUUGGAUGGCUGCAUUAAUAUUCAAAAUAUUGAACUUUCACAUAAUAAAAUCACUCGACUUGGUGGUUUAGAAUCUUUGAAAAAUCUUCAGCAACUAAUUGUGGACCACAAUCAGUUAAUAAGUACAAAAGGUCUUUGUGAUACCCCUACUAUUAUAUAUCUAGAUUGUUCACAUAAUCAUCUUACAGAAAUUGAGGGCAUUGAAAAUUGUGGAUUGCUUCAAAUACUGAAGUUACAGGGAAAUUAUCUAAGUGAGCUUCCACUCCUGAAGAAUCAUGUUCUGCUAAGAGAACUGUACUUGGAUGAUAACAGCAUUUCAACUGUGGAAGCGUUUUCUUCCUAUUGGCUGCCUUUACUACAAAAUCUUACAAUCUCUCAAAACAGCUUGACAAACAUUGUGCCACUUUUCCAUUUUCUUUCUCUGGAGAAACUGGAUGUCAGCAACAAUUGUCUUUCUGAUCUUACAAGUGCCAAAGUGUGGCUCAACGCGUGCUGUUCUCUCCGUGAAUUGUCUCUAACUGGAAACCCACUUCUUCAAGAAGUAAACUGGAGGCAUUCUCUACUUACAAUGCUACCCGCUCUAAGAGUGCUCAACGGGGAUACGCUGAACCCUUAUUCAGAAGACCACACUGAAGAACACUGUCAGUCAGAAUUAGCACCCUUCCUAAUACUUUGUCAGGCCCAGAUUCAAGAAUUCAACUUACUAAUUGAAAACCAUAUCACUAGAAAAGGAGAUGUAUCCACGUCGGAUAUGGCAGAAAAUCUCUGUGACUAUUUCAAUAAAUUGAUGACACUUAGUAAUGAAUGCCGACAUGCACAUGAACGUGAGAAUGUCAGUAUAACCAAAAGGGAAGAGUCAGAAGCCCAGCAAAACCCCAGCACUGUCAGCAUUCUGCCCAGUAGACUCUUCUCUGAGGCCAAGGAAGAUAAAUGGGAAUCUCCUGAUAUUUCUGAAAAACGGAAGAACUCUGCCUCCAGUUAUUCUCCAUUAAGCAGCUUCUCCACAUGUGAAGGUUUGGAAGGAAGAAAUCAGGAAAAAUUAGUAACCCAGAAGAGAGAUAACAGCAAAGUAAGCAGUGUUCCCACCAAAGGGAUCCCGUUUGUGGAAUCAAUAUUGACAAAUUUCCUGCUAAAGAAUCAUCAAAAUACUGAACAUAAUGAGAAAAUUACAGCAGCUGUGGUGAUCCAGUCAUACUGGCGUGGUUACACUGCGCGCAGAAACAGUCCUUUCUCCACAAGGCUACACACUACCGCAAAAGGACCCCUGCCAAAUCUGUGCGUGACGAAUCAGACUGUUUUAAAGAAAUUAAAAAGAGAUAAUGUUGUGACUAUCCAAGACCAGAGAGAGAAGUCUGCUAUUCUUAUUCAGGCAGUUUGGAAGGGCUUUAUUUUGCGAAAGAAACUGACAACAGCUCUAGAGGCUAUUAAAGAUGAAGAAUCUGAAGAAGAAUAUGAAGAAAUAGAUUUAAAGGAUUUUACAUUUGAUGAAGCUGCCUCAGAGAAAGAAUGGCUGGAUUUAGAUCCCUCCCGCUUCCCUUCACAAACACUGCUUCUCUCAAACCAGCUGCACUGGCCAAAGAUCUCUGGAAACUUAAAAUAUGAUGAUAUUUCACCUGAUUUGCCGAAUCAUCCAGCUCAAGCAUGGCUAUGUAAUGAGAAAGAAAAUGUGUUUUCAUCAGAACACACACAAUUUAAUAGCAGAUCAGAGAAUAGAACUUUAUCCUUGACACCUGAACCAAAGACCGGCAGAAAGACUUUGCUAAAAUCUGAAAAAGAAGAAAAAAUUUCAGAAGAAUGGGGCUUUAAGGAUAUUUCUACUGCCCAACAAAUGCUGAAGAGGGCACAGAAAAUGAAAUCAAAGAAGUUAAAGAAAAAAUUAGACCCUACUGUGCGGCUGGCAUUAUUCAAAAACAAUGCACGUAACAUUUCUGUUAAAAAAUCACCAAAGAAGGAAGAGCCCAGGAGAGAUGGUUACUAUGAAGGUAUGGGAGAAGACUUUAUCUACAAGGAUCCCACUAUAAAUGAAAAAUUAGAGAGGAGUAAAGAAUAUACAUACCAAUGGCUUCACACACAGGUUGGGGUUCAUGAAACAACUAGUUCCAGAAAAGUGAAAUGCAAUCGCUUCUUGCCUGAGUUAGAUCCAGACGUACUGAAUGGUGGAAGAGUUCAGCUUGUGGCAAGGCUUGUAAGCAGAGAAGACACGGAUUUAGCCCUUUCUUCCAUGACCAGUGGAAGUCCUUUGUCUGUGAACAGAGGGAAAAAAAAUCAGGCACACAGAUACUCAGCGGGAUCUUCAAGUUGUUCAGUUAAGGGGAUACUUGCACCAAUGAUAACAAAUACAAGACCUUCUAAAAAAGAACGUAUAUCAUUCCGUGACAAUCCUGUACAACUCAGUGGUGGAUGGGGAAGUGGCAAAAAGAAGGUGAAAACUUCUGAUUAA